UGUGUAACAAUUAGGCUUAGGGUUUGUAUUCUCGGCUCCUCUAAUUGUUUCCAAACUUAGCAUAUGUGUUAGUUGUCCCUAGCAUGAGACUAAUUCAGACCUGGAGCACGUGGUUAAUGCAAUUGCAUGAGGAGCUGGGAUAAAUCGUCUCUAAAGAUCUUCGGAUCCUAUUGCGUUCUAAUGACUCAUUGGGAGUACACAAAGCUAACUGAAUUCAUCAGGUGAGUGAGCAAAUCGUCCUCACGCGUUGACUCGGGUGCAUAGCUGGUUGGAAGGUCGCUGUGAAAAAAAUCCGAAUGGCUUUCCGCAACCUUUAACUAUCCCUAUAAUACACCGAGUUGUAGCGACACGGUUGUAUGUAGUAUAAUUUCAUAAGAAGACAUUUGAGAAAGGACGUGUAGCAGCCCCCGCGGUCCCUGGGCUCUUCACCCAUAGAACACCUGCUGUAACUAUUACGCUCGAGACAAUCACAUUUUCAUGGGAUAACAGAUCAAGACCCGGGUUUGACGAGCCAAUGGAGUGGCUGAGCGCUAAUUUUCUUCGUCCCGCCUCCAGAAGAUAGAGUCCGGUCAAGGAAAUAGUAAAAACUCAGGUGCAUCUAGCCAGAGCGUCAACCCAAAGAUUUUGUCCUGUUUUUGUACAACUUGCACGUUCUCCCCUGCCGCGUUUACAGUUAUCGAUCUUUAAAGUACUUGAAACGACGUAGGAUAAGACCACAAAUUACAUUAUAUUAAUGGAAGUUUGGUAAAAUUCUGAGAAGGUGAAAGGUAGUCUGAGCCGAAGCUGCCUUAGAGAUGAGCUGGGGGGCUCUGUACGCCCAACUGGGUGGAGUCAACAAGCACUCCACCAGCCUCGGGAAGGUCUGGCUGUCCGUCCUCUUCAUCUUCCGCAUCACCAUCCUGGUGUUGGCGGCGGAGAGCGUCUGGGGCGACGAGCAGGCCGACUUCACCUGCAACACGCUGCAGCCCGGCUGCAAGAACGUCUGCUACGACCACUUCUUCCCCGUGUCACACAUCCGCCUCUGGUGCCUGCAGCUGAUCUUCGUGUCCACGCCGGCUCUGCUGGUGGCCAUGCACGUGGCUUACAGGAAGCGCGGGGACAAGAGGCACAUCAUCGCCACAUCCUUGCGCAGCGGCGGCGACGACAGGGUCCGGGAGGUGGACCUGGAGGUGCUGAAGAACAAGCGUCUGCCCAUCACCGGGCCUCUGUGGUGGACCUACACCAGCAGCCUUUUUUUCCGCCUGAUCUUCGAGGGGGGCUUCAUGUACGCGCUCUACUUCAUCUACGCCGGCUUCCAGAUGCCCCGUCUAGUAAAGUGCGAGCAGUGGCCCUGCCCUAAUCAGGUGGACUGCUUCAUCUCGCGACCCACUGAGAAGACCGUCUUCACCAUUUUCAUGGUGGCGUCCUCAGCCCUCUGCAUGGUGCUGAACGUGGCUGAGCUGGUGUACCUCAUUGUCAAAGCCCUGAUGAGAUGCUCCUCCAGGAUGUCCAAGAGACGUGCCUACCAUCGCUCUGACCAUGUGACCCUGGACAAGGCUCUACUACAGAACAAAAAGAAUGAGACAUUGUGCGUUACCGAUUCUUCCUGCAACAAGAAUGUGUAGGACAGCACAGUGCCUUUGUUUGUCCCUUUUAGACUACACGGAACUAGGAAGUAGAACCCAAUCACUGUUUUGCUAUUAUGACUCAAGGCCAUCCUUGCAUUCUGGAUUACAUGUAGCGUCUGAGAGGACCGGUUUCAGCCAGAGUCUCUCUGGGCUCUUCCCUGUAUUACAGAUAUGGACCAUUGCCCUGACUGGUCUGUGGGGUGAUGUUUUUAAGAGUUCUGAAAUAUUUAAAGUGAUCUAAAUUUGAGGUGACUGUAUGUUGGUGCUGCAUGUAUUUCCAUGGGGAGGUUAAAUGUGAGUUAUAUGGGUCUAGAGCGCCACCUUCUGGGUUACCUUCAAUUUGAACAGAAUUGGUUUGCACUGCUUUACCGAAGCAGAAAAUCACAAGUGUGCAGUACAGCUCAUUUAUAUUUUCCUGCAUUUAAACUGGCAGCCCGAUUUAGAUAUCUGUUUAGACAAAUUGUUUGGGGUUUUUUUUAUAACAAAAAAAUCUGAUGUGAUUGGUAAAAAGACCAUUUAGUGAAAAAAAAACAAUAAUUGGUCUAGAUGUGUGCAAUCUAACAGUGAUGUGUGACAUUCUUCCAAUACCCAUUUUAAAAUGCAAUGUCUCAAGAGGGUUAUAACCAGUGUCGAAUAGUACAAGGAUGGCUGAUGUUGUUGAACCUUCUGUGCAGGGUUCCUGGACAUGUAUGAAGCCUGUUCCUGGACUGAAAUGAAUGCUCAAUCAGGAAGACUUAUUAGCGAGUAAACCUGGCAUGGGCUGGAUUGCCCCGUGGAUGUCUGAGCAUCAUGCAACUGAGUGAAAUGUAGCCUGUUGUUUGUUGUCAAGGGUGAAGAGAUACAGAGCUUAACUGUGGUCAUUUCUUUCAGCUGCUGAAUUACAUCGUCACACAUUUCUUUUAAUGGUAAGUAAGGACUGGGAUAUACAGGCACUAAAAGGAGUAGUUCCCUGUUUUACAACAUGAUGUGGUAAAGAGGUAUUUCGGCCAGGAUCAAUUCUAAUUCAUGGUCCUGUUUUCUUUGAACAGCCACAACAAUUUUUUUUGUCUUCGGACAAUGCUACCUAAAGACAAUGCACAUUAUAGGGUGUGUGAUCCCCUGUGACCCUUAUGAAGCUGCUAAUCUCUGAUUCAAGAUCAAGUUAACAGAUCACAUCACAAACAUUGAUUUUGUAGCUAGUGGCUACAUUUGAACCCUGUAGUUGCUUAAUAAAAAAAACCAGUCCAUGGAUUUCUCCUGGCCUAUAUACAACUUUCAGAGAGUGAGGUCUUCUUAGUUCAUGCUGUAAAAUUCUGAAGUACUCUUAAUAUGCUCAGUCCCCCAAAAAGCAUGUUGUAGCACAUGUUCACCGUAAUACUACUGUAAUAGUGAUAGUCUGACUUAGCUGUGAAUAUGUAAGGACUGUUCUACCAAUAAGAUUCAUCGCAUACAUUUGUGUUGUCUCAUGAUUUAGAUUGUCACAGAAAGCACUCUGUAGUUUAUCGUUCUCUCAGCCUUUACAGUUAUAGCGGUGCUUUUUGAUUGUGUUUAUGUUGUGAUUAUUUCUGUUUUCAUCUUCUGAUCAUUUUGAAGAACUACCAAAGCCUAUGUGUAAAAUUCAGAAGUACAAAUCUUUCUUGGAUAUUUUUGAAAACCUCAACAUGGAUACACUUUUUUUCUAGGGCGUUCUAACAGCAUGUUUUGGGGGAAAUUGAAAGAUGUUUGCUUUUUUUAUUAGAUUUCUGCACAUUGAAACUGAAUAAUAAUAAUAAAAAAUUAUACUGUUUAUGUAUUACUUUCACACAGCUGGACAGUUAGUUUUCUGGUAACAGUGAUGGAUUGCAACCUGUAUUGGACUCUCUCUGCUGGGAUGCACUUCUCUUUCCAGCCAAGAGAGGGUGGGAGAUGAUGGAUGUGUGUUUUUGGGUUGGGUAACUGUAUUUGCAGUGUAACUUAUGACAAGUACAUACAUUUUAUUGUAGUGAGUUUUAUAAUCAUUAAUCACAUGCCAGUAGAAUAAUUAAUUACUUACAUAAAUGUAAGACAUUUCUGUUUACUUGAUUAUUCUUCUCAUCAUUUCAAACAAAAAACUUAAAAGGAUA